GAUAACGUUGGAGGCAAGUUGCAUUUGAGCAACUCUCUCAAGAUCAACUGCCUCUUCACUUUAUUCCUUGCCCUGAAGCUCUUCCCUCUGGUUGUGCUGAGGGGUGAUGCUGAAGACACAUCACUUUUCAAGAAUUGGAUCAUGAACAACUCUAUCCUCCUAGAAGAGCAGCUCAUCAAGAAAUCCCAACAAAAAAGAAGAACUUCUCCCUCCAACUUUAAAGUCCGCUUCUUUGUUUUAACUAAAACCAGCCUGGCGUACUUUGAGGACCGUCAUGGGAAAAAGCGCACAUUGAAGGGCUCCAUUGAACUCUCCAGAAUCAAAUGUGUCGAGAUUGUGAAAAGUGAUAUUAGCAUCCCUUGCCACUAUAAAUAUCCUUUUCAGGUUGUGCAUGACAACUACCUCCUGUAUGUGUUUGCUCCAGACCGCGAGAGCCGGCAGCGCUGGGUGUUGGCCCUUAAAGAAGAAACGAGGAACAAUAACAGUUUGGUGCCCACGUAUCAUCCUAAUUUCUGGAUGGAUGGGAGGUGGAGGUGCUGUGCUCAGCUGGAGAAGCUUGCAGUGGGCUGUGCCCAGUACGAUCCAACCAAGAAUGCUUCAAAGAAGCCUCUUCCUCCUACUCCUGAAGACAACAGGCGCUCACUUCAGGAACAUGAGGAAACCAUGGUCAUCGCCUUGUAUGACUAUCAAACCAACGAUCCUCAGGAACUCGCGCUACAGCGCAAUGACGAGUACUACCUACUGGACAAUUCUGAAAGUCACUGGUGGAGAGUUCAAGACAAGAACGGGCAUGAAGGAUAUGUACCACGCAGUUACCUGGUGGAAAAGUCUGCAAAUAACCUGGAAACCUACGAGUGGUACAAUAAGAGUAUCAGCCGAGACAAAGCUGAAAAACUUCUUUUGAACACAGGCAAAGAAGGAGCCUUCAUGGUACGAGAUUCCAGGACCCCAGGAACGUACACCCUGUCGGUCUUCACCAAGGCCAUCGUAAGUGAGAACAACCCCUGUAUAAAGCACUAUCACAUCAAGGAAACAAAUGACAACCCCAAGCGAUACUAUGUGGCCGAAAAGUAUGUGUUCGACUCCAUCCCUCUCCUGGUCAAUUAUCACCAGCACAACGGAGGAGGCCUGGUCACUCGGCUUCGCUAUCCGGUUUGCUCCUGGAGGGAGAAAGCGCCCGUCACGGCAGGGCUGAGAUACGGGAAAUGGGUGAUCCACCCCUCGGAGCUCACUUUUGUGCAGCAGAUUGGCAGUGGGCAGUUCGGACUGGUGCAUCUUGGCUACUGGCUCAACAAGGACAAGGUGGCCAUCAAAACCAUCCAGGAAGGAGCUAUGUCGGAAGAGGACUUCAUAGAGGAGGCUGAAAUCAUGAUGAAACUCUCUCACCCCAAACUGGUCCAGCUGUAUGGGGUGUGCCUGGAGCAGCACCCCAUCUGCCUCGUGUUUGAGUUCAUGGAGCACGGCUGCCUGUCGGAUUACCUGCGCAGCCAGCGGGGCCUGUUCGCUGCAGAGACCCUGCUGGGCAUGUGCCUGGACGUGUGUGAGGGCAUGGCCUACCUGGAAAAGGCGCAUGUCAUCCACAGAGACCUGGCGGCCCGAAAUUGUUUGGUGGGAGAAAACCAAGUCAUCAAGGUGUCGGACUUCGGGAUGACAAGGUUUGUCCUUGAUGAUCAAUACACCAGCUCCACAGGCACCAAAUUCCCGGUGAAAUGGGCAUCCCCGGAAGUCUUCUCCUUCAGCCGCUACAGCAGCAAGUCGGACGUGUGGUCCUUUGGGGUGCUGAUGUGGGAAGUCUUCAGUGAAGGCAAAAUCCCGUAUGAAAACCGAAGCAACUCGGAGGUGGUGGAAGACAUCACUACGGGAUUUCGGUUAUACAAGCCCCGGCUUGCCUCCUCGCAGAUCUACCAGAUCAUGAGUAAUUGCUGGCAAGAGAAACCAGAGCAGCGGCCCUCCUUCUCCAGGCUCUUCAGACAACUGGGUGAAAUUGCAGAGAUGGGACUCUAGCAGAGCCCACAGAUCCCGAGUCGCGAGAGAAGUCCUACCUCCACAGAGAAUGAAGAGCUGCCACCAGCCCAGGACUCCCCAGAGGCAGCCGGCCUGUGGUGCCAGGUCCUGAGCUGCCACGGACGCAGCACCCUGACAGAGGCUGGCACUCGGCCACGGGCAGGAGGCUUGGCCAACGAACUGGGAGCAGGGCCAGAGCAGCGGCCAUGUCUCUACCUCCCCUCCCGCCUCUUAUCUUGGGUGGUGCACUAACCUCAAUCUGACAGCUUUCAGGCAACAUUUCUUGCACUUCUUCUUAGAGAGAGGGGGCGAACGCGGGUAGGACCCUGGAUUGUUAUUUCAUUGUCAUUUUAAGCGUGGAUCUAAGGUUAACAGUCAGGGACUUUCUCUUUGACCUGACAACAGAAAAUCCCAGGGGCUGGGGCCAGAGCAACGAGGAGCAGGACUCCUGAUCAGGGAGAACUGUGAGUGAGUUAAGGUCGGAAAGAGUAAGCUCCUCCACUGUGAUGCUGUCAGCCACAGCUUCCUGCCCCAGAGGAGGGGGCGCGGCUGCUCACAUCAGAGGCCAGAUGUUCUGAGAAUCGGCUUUAUGAGGUUUUACUCAGAGUACCCUGCCACCCUUCUCCUUGAAGGGCGCGUUAUGGAUUUGGGCGAGCAGUGUCAAUCCCACAUUUGGAGUGUUGGGUAUCUGGUGUCUGGGCAGAAAGAACCCACUGGUACAGAGACAGACCUUAGGUUGUUACCACGCUGAUGCUCACCUUUAGUACUAAGCCAGGCAGGUGACUGUGCCUCCCCUUCUGCACAGGACGCUCUGCAGGCAUCCUGGGAGGAAACGGUUGCUUCUGAACGCACUCUCUGCCUGAGGACUCUGCCAUGGAGUCCCCCCCCCACCCCCACCUCCAGGCAUCAGCCCCCUCUUUGCACUCUUCCAUCAACAACAGAGGGCAGCAUUGUGCUGGGCAGGGCAGUCUUGCAGAGAAACAGAAGCUUGUUUAAGCCCUAGAGAUUCGCAGCUUUAAGGUUGAGACUUGAAAUCUCCCAAAGUCCUGGGAGAGGAACAAGGGGGUCUGUUCUUGCUGAAAUCAUCUGGAUGGAAACUGAGUCAGGCCCAAAAUGGGGCGCUCCUAAGAUACAUAGUGAUGGCUACUGUUGAUUGAGCACCUAAAUAUGCAAAGUGAAUAUGUACUGAGCUACUAGCCUUCUCUGCAGUUCACCCUGAGUUCACACCAACCUUGUGAGGUAGUAUUUUUCCCAUGCUACAGAUAGUAAAACUGAGGUUUAAAAAAGCCAGGACACCUGCUAAGAAGUAUAGAGCCCAGGAUUCUAACCUACAUCAGUCUGACUCCAAUGCAGUUUCUUUAUUCCUAUUCAACACUGUCUUUUACCAAGGAUGAAAGGGAUUGGAGAGGAGAAAAAUACAGCGGAGGGGAAAGGCAGAGAAAGCCAAUAAAAACACCAAGAAAGCACCACCAGAAAGUAAGGUUGCUCCUGUGUAGACCACUGUGGUUGGCGCUGUGGCCAUCCAACUUGGAAUAGAUCUUCUCUAUCCUCAUCAGUAGCCCCCCCUUUGUCAGAGUUAAUGAGUUUGGACUUACUCAGUUAAUUAACCCUUUGAUUCGCUCAGCCCUCCAAAGUUGACAGCGUGAAGUCAUUUAUAGAUGAGCUUCAAAGCAGCUUGGGAAGAUCGUCCUGCAGCAGUAUAAAGGCUCUCUAAUUAUUCCAACAUUGAGCUGGCUGCAGUCUUCUUGGACACUUUGUGGGGUAAGGUAUGUAUUCCCUGAUGUAAGAGACAGUUCAUUUUCCUGCAGGGUUCAGAUAAAACUCUUGGAGUAGUUGCUGCGUGGUGUUGCAAUCAGCUCUUUCUAAACCAUGUGAUAUUUUGACCAGCUAGAGAUUCAGCUGCAUAACUUUUAACCAUAAUUAUUGUGGAACUGGGAGCUCCAAGAUAAAACUCCAUCAUUCAGAAGAUGAUCUUCCUCAACUUGUCCAAAAUCAUCCCUGUGUACUCUUUGGUGCAUCCUCUUUUGGAAUCCUUAAUUAGAGAUGAUUUCUGGAGCAUCCAGCCUUGAAGGAAAUCAUCAGAGUUGACGGAUCUCUGUGGUCUAGUUUAGGAAACUCACCCCUACCCCCAACCCUGCCCUGAGCUUGCAUGGUAUUAUCUUGUUCAAGUUCAGAGUCCUUGGGGCCUUAACUGAAUGUGUGUAGAUAGUUCACCUCCCACUGUUCUAAUCCUGCAAAAGGGGCCUCCAGCCUGUGUAUUUUUUUUCCUAACAUUUUGAAAAUGGUGCCAUGUGUUCACAGGGAAUUCCCUCAUGCAAGGUUUUGGUUCAGGAUGCGUUUUAUAGUUUCUGCCUGUUGUACUUUUUGAGACUAUGUAUUUAUAUAUGCAUAGAUUAGAUAUUUAUUAGUAUACAGUCAUUGCUGGUGUUCACAAUAAAAAUAUUACACAUAUCUCUUACCCUUCAUAAAUCACACGGAGGUAAAGGUUGGGUCCGGCAAAUAAAGCUGAGCCUUGUAAUAACUACAGUGUGUGUGGCCUGGGUUUCUUAGUUGUCCAAAUGUCAAACAACCACAGGUUUUCCUUAAACAAAAAUGGUUACAUGGUUUCACAUUCCACAGACAAGUAAAAACUGUAUGUCAGUCAACAUUUGUUCGCCAGGUAAAUAUCCAAUGCUCCCCAGGUUCCUAUGACAAGCUGUGCUGAGCGCUGCGGAAACAAAGAUGGAGAAGA